UGUAUGUUAAAACGUACGGAAACAGAUAAGGCUGCUGUAUCUCUGCGAUUCAUCCGGUAAAUCCGAACUUCUUGUGAGAUAUUGAAGAUAAUAACCGCAAUGAUGGAGUUGAGACUGUCUUGUCUCCUUUCCUUCUUUAUGCUUCUCUGGCUUUCUGACAGCCAUCCUCUCUCUGAGCGCCUUACAAGUUCUGCAUCUAAUACAACCUUAAAAAAAGCCCCAGAUGUAAGAGCGGAGGUGGGAAGAUACUCUGAUGUGGCCAAACAGAUCAUUGAGCUAGCAGUCUUUGGCGCUGCCCAGAACCGCUCCUACAAGCGGCUGGCUGACUUUACCGACACUAUAGGGAACCGGGUCAGUGGGUCACAGAACCUGGAAAUGGCUAUAAAAUACAUGUACAAAGCCUUGAGUCAGGAUGGGCUGGAUGUUCAUCUGGAACCAGUAAAAAUUCCUCACUGGGUAAGAGGGAAGGAGAGUGCAGAGAUGAUUGCACCCAGGGCCAAGAGCCUGGCUAUACUGGGACUGGGCAGCAGUGUAGGAACACCUCCAGAAGGUAUUAAGGCUGAGGUGUUGGUGGUUCAGUCUUUUGAGGAACUGAAGCGUAGAGCCAGCGAGGCGGCGGGGCGGAUUGUGGUUUUUAACCAACCAUUUAUCAGCUACGGAGAGACAGUUUCUUAUCGCGCUUUCGGUGCUUCAGAGGCAGCUAAAGUGGGAGCUGUGGCCACACUCAUCAGAUCAGUAACUCCUUUCUCUAUUAACAGUCCUCACACAGGAUGGCAGAUCUACCAAGAUGGAGUGAAGCGAAUCCCCACAGCCUGGAUCACAGUGGAGGACGCUGAGCUGAUGUGGCGUUUGGCUCAGAAUAAACACAAUAUCGUAGUCAGACUCGAAAUGGGAGCCCAGACUUUGCCGGAUGCUGACUCUUUUAACACUGUUGCUGAGAUAAGGGGCUGGCAGCACCCAGAGCAGGUUGUCCUAUUGAGUGGUCAUCUUGACAGCUGGGAUGUGGGCCAAGGCGCCAUGGAUGAUGGAGGUGGAGCCAUGAUAUCCUGGGAGGCUCUGUCACUUAUCAAGGACCUAGGUUUGCGUCCAAGAAGAACUUUGAGGGCAGUUCUGUGGACAGCUGAGGAGCAGGGUGGCGUCGGAGCCCAACAGUACUUUAAUCUACACAAGGAGAACAUCUCAAACUUUGACCUUGUUAUGGAGUCUGACUUGGGGACGUUCACCCCAAUGGCUCUGCAGUUUACUGGCAGUGACGCGGCACAGAAGGUGAUGGAGGAAGUGGUCAAACUUUUGGCUCCCAUCAAUACAACCAAACUGGAGAGAGGUGGUGAGGGGACAGAUAUCUCUCCAUGGAUGCAAGCUGGAGUCCCAGGUGCCAGCCUCCAUGUGGCCGACAGUCGCUACUUUUGGUUCCAUCACAGCGAGGGAGACACCAUGACAGUCCAGAACCCUCGCGACAUGGACCUCUGCUCAGCAUUGUGGGCUGUGGUUUCCUAUGUCAUAGCUGACCUGCAGGACAUGCUGCCGAGAUAGCGCUAAGGUUCAUCAAGUGCUUAUCACGAUCUCAACUAGUUUUACUGAUUUCAGUUUCUGCUGUAAACAUCAAGAACUGACUGUUUAGGUGAACGAGGGAACAUAAAGCCUGAUGCACAUUAUGGAGACAUUAAAAAAACUACUUGAAGCUGUUUAAAUGUUCAAACUAUACAAAUAAAUCCUCGCCCCAUU